AAAAGCAAAAUUUAAACAAGAAUGCGAUUUCUUCAAGUUCUGUCGAGUCAACCAUAACAGUGACGACAACUACCAUCGUCAUGGUUAAAGUAACAGCUGGUGAGUCCCUGUUGCCUACACCUCCAGUUCAUCUGAUUUCAUACACUGAGGCUAUUGAAACUAGCAAGUCGACAUUGACUGUUUCACCAAGUCAAGUACCCCUUUUUGUAGGGCAGGCUAGAGCAAGCGAAUCACUGCCAUUCUCACCCAGCGCUCCUACAGCUUCUUCGUUUACAUCGAUGCCUACUGCUGUUAACUCCUUGACACCUAUGCCAGUCAACCAACUUACUCUGGUUAAAAUAACUCCCACAGAAACCGUAUCCUUUUCUUCUACGUCACCAAGUCAAGCAGCUUUCUCUGGUACAGCCAUUGCCACUGCUGGCGAAUCAUUAUCGCUUUCUUCAUCCAGCCAAACUGCGCCAGCUAUAAAACCUGUUGAAUCCAGCAUUAACUUAUCAACCAAACCAUCAAUCAAGGGAUCACCCUCAACAGCUGAAACACCCAUGUCGCCCACAACAUCUUCUAUUGAGCAUAUGUCUGCUAUAGAUACUUCUACAGGCAGCGCAUCAUUGUCACCCACACCUUCGAGCCCGGUCACCUCGUCAGCGUCUGCUAUAGUCGGCGAGUCCUUGUCGCCUUUAUCUUCGUCUUCUAAUGAACUUACUACGUCUACCACAGAGACUUCUACAGCCAGUGCAGCUUUAUCAACUACGCCAUCGAGCCUGGAAGCCACAUCAGCUGGAACUGCUACUGCGGUCGAAUCAUCGUCGCCCUCCUCACCUUCAAGUGGAAUUACGUCUACUACAGAUACUUCUACAGUCAGUGCAGCAUUAUCAUCCACACCUUCCAGCCAAGUCACCUCGAAAGAGUCGACUUCUGCAACUACACCAUCGAGCCAGCCAGCAUCAUCGACAGAGACUGCUGCAGCAAGUGAAUCUACUUCGUCUGCUUUUUCUAUUCAAUCUACAUCUCAAAUGGUAGAUGCAACCCACACACCUCCAAUCGUUGCUUCUCCUGUUGAAUCUGGUUCAACAUCUUCCUAGAUACAUGCGAUGAUCUGACUCCAGGAUAAGAUAUCCAGUUGAUGUGCACGGCUGGUAAUGAUGAGCAUUUAAAAUGAUCAAGUUGCUGUUCGAACAAAAAAGCGAAACUAUGGCAUAUCGUACGAAAGUUAAGAAGAAGUAAAAUUAAAAGAAAAAAAAGAAACGGUUGACCACAUACAUACUCUCAAUUUCUCAUCCUCACACCUCCCCACUCUCUAUAAAGGCUACCACUC